AUGAGCCGGUUCGGGGGUCGCGUGCGCGAGUCCCCGGCCGUGUCCAUCGACCGCUUCGACCGCGACAACCUGCGCGCGCGGGCCUACUUCCUCUCGCACUGCCACAAGGGCAAGGCCUCUUUCCACUUGAAAGUUAAAUUAUACUGCUCACCGGUAACCAAGGAACUGCUGCUGACUAGCUGGAAAUACAAGUUUUGGGAGAAGCACAUUGUUGCAUUGGAAGUUGAAACUCCAACUCAGAUUUCUUUAGUAGAUGAAACAUCUGGUGAGAAAGAAGAUGUAGAGGUGACACUUCUACCAGCUGGUCACUGCCCAGGAUCAGUCAUGUUUUUGUUUGAAGGUGGAAACGGCACAGUGCUGUAUACAGGGGAUUUCAGGCUUGCGAAAGGAGAAGCAGCCAGAAUGGAGCUUUUGCAUUCAGGGACCAGAGUAAAAGACAUCCAGAGUGUGUAUUUGGACACGACUUUUUGUGAUCCCAAGUUUUAUCACAUACCAAGCCGGGAGGAAUGUCUAAAUGGGAUCUUGGAGUUAGUGCGCAGCUGGACCUCACUGACUCCCUACCACGUCGUGUGGCUGAACUGCAAAGCUGCUUAUGGAUAUGAAUAUCUCUUCAUAAACCUCAGUGAGGAGCUUGGAAUCAAGGUACACGUCAACAAACUUGAUAUGUUCAGAAACAUGCCAGAAAUCCUCUACCAUGUUACUACAGAUCGACACACGCAGAUCCACGCCUGUCGACAUCCUCGGGAUGACGACUGCUUUCGGGGGAACAGGCUGCCCUGUGGGAUGACUUACCAAAACGGAACUCCCUUGCACAUCAUCAGCAUCAAACCCUCCACUAUGUGGUUUGGAGAAAGGAUCAAGAAGACCAAUGUAAUAGUGAGGACUGGGGAGAGUACAUACAGAGCUUGUUUCUCCUUCCACUCUUCAUACAGCGAGAUUAAGGAUUUCCUGAGCUAUAUCCGUCCUGUGAAUGUGUACCCCAAUGUACUGCCAGUGGGUGGGACAGAAGACAAGGUUAUGGAAAUAUUAAAGCCGUUAUGCAGGUCCUACAGGAGAAACCUGGAACCCAGGUACAAGCCCUUAGGAACACUGAAGAGAGCCCACAAGAGAGACUCCUCUGACACAGAUGAAGAUGAUCUCUUUGAUACAGAACUAACUCCUGCAAGGCCUAAGAUUCCAAAGCAGCAGAGAGAAGAGAGCAGGCCCUGCAGCACAGGACAGUCUGAAAACGCCCAAGGGAACGUUAACGAGGGCACAGAAAGUGACAAAGCAACCACAACUUACACCUCCCUCAAGGCUGACUUCCUGGACUGUGAGGAAUCAAAUGAUGAUGAUGAUGAUGAUGAAGAUGAUGAUGAAGAAGAAUCUGAAAAAAAUAUAGUUGAAGUUCUUUCCUGUGAGCCAGAUGCCACUUCCAUGUCACAUUUCAACGGAGUAACGAGUGAUGAACAGGAGUCUAACGCCGAUGUCCCUUGCUGGGAUGCAUUUUUUAAGUGCAACAAGCUAGAAGAAAGCUCCGAAAACGAGGACAACUUCCCAUCUUCAGUGGACGCCGGGGGCUCCCAGUCACUCUUCAGCGAUUCGGAUGGAGUAAGCGACUCCACACACAUCUGCUCCCAAAAUUCUUCUCAGUCGACGCACAUAUCGGAGCAGGGGAGCCAGGGCUGGGACAGCCAGAUGGACACAGUACUCAUCACCUCCCAGGAGAGAAACGCCUUGGACUUCAGCUGCUGUGGCAAAGGUGGGAGCAGAGCGGUCGUUUCUGUGCUCCAGGAGAUGGGCAAAGAUGGUCAACCCGAGGGUGGUAGGUGGAAGCCACUGGGUCAGAACAGGUCUGGUGCCCACCAUGUUGGCUGUGACUUGGAAAGCAAAGAUGUGGAGAAAGCUGCAGAAGCUGGUGCUGCCCACGAGCAGGAUGUGCUGGUGGAAACAGGCGACAGCUCCAGGACUCCUGAUCUAGAACUGAGGAGGGAUUCCCAGAGCUCCUCUGACUUUGAAAUUCCCUCCACUCCCGACGCCGAGGUGCCUCAGCCAGACAAACUGCACUGUCUGUAUAAGAAGCUGGCAGCAGGUGAGAACAUACUCAGUGAGAGAAAAGUCACCUGAAGACAGGUAUAACAAGUACCCAAAUUUCCUUAUUAAACUCCAAAUUACUUUACUGCUAAUUACUAUCUACAUCUAUGCUAAUCGAUGCUUUUUUCAGGAAUAUCUUACUGUCAUGAACAGACAUUUGCAGCCUCUGGGACUUUAUUGUUCACUCCAUGAAAUACUGAAAAGGAAGUAUUUCUUGGAGGGACUGUAAAAGCCUUCAGUUCUCCAGGCCUGUAAGGAGACAAAAAAUGGACCAGACAAAACUAAGGGCAGAACACUAAAUGAAAUUUAGUGUUUCUCUUUAUUAUGAGCUCUAAGAGUUUGCCUUUGAUAUAGAUGUGAUCUCAGGUUUUAAUAAAAUACCACAUUUUUCACUGUGGAGAGGAACAAGACGUCUUCUAGGAACAACCAUGCAAACAACGCAAUAGUUUCACUUCUACUUUAAUCCUGAGUUUUCACUGUAGUGUUUUUAAAAAACAUUUGCCCAGGCUAGAGAAUUACUGGCAAUAAUUAUAUAUUUUUUAAAAAAAUCAAAUUGUUCUUUUCAAGCAGUCUCUCUUUGCACUGAGCAAAUGUUGUCAUCCAAUUUGAUCUCCUGGAUGUGGUGAUAUCUCUGUGCCAUCAUCUAUGGUUUAAAUCUAACUCACUGCAAACAACUUGACAUCAGUUCCUCUGCGUUUUGUUUCGUUCUGAAUUUUUUUUUCAGAACUACUUAAAAAUAAAACCCUGUGGCAUGUAGCCUGCUCCGGAGGCUAAGUCACAGCAACAGAAGCUGACCUGUUCUCCUGGACAGGUGGUUGUGUUACUCAAGACUCUUGUAUUAGCACAUUUCACCACCUCUGCAACAUUCUGUUGAUGGUGAGUUCAGACAUGUUUAGAUUUGUUUUUUAAAUCAACACAAUCGAUUCUCCACGCCAAAUUUCUCAGCUUCUAAAAUGGAAAUAUUAUUCAGGUUUUUGGGAAAUUUGCAGUCCCUACAAAAAUGCCUAAACAGCACUCCCUACUGCCUGAACAGCAGUCAUCAUCUGAGAAUCCACAUGGUUUCCCACCCACGUGGUCAUAAGUCCUCAAGAAUUAAACAGACUUUUAGUAUGACAGCUCUCCCCUCUCUGUACGUCUGCAGUCUCUCUGGCAUCUUUAGCCAUCCAUGACUGAUACACCAGCAUCUGGCUAUUGGGAACAGUGACAGAAAGGGAAGGAAAAAAGGAAAAAAAAUAAACAUUGCUAUCAUCAAUGUAUGGUUUUAUGGAUAAUCAAGUCCAUUUAUUUCUCCACUGUUACCUUGCCUGUUCCAUUCCUGGGAUUUGUUAAUGGACUUGCCAAAUGUGGUCUAUCAACCUAUUUUUUUUAACAAGCUUGAGCAAGCACAGCUGCCGUUGUAACUACCUCUGUGAAUAAAGUCAUACAGAGCAAAA